GGCCGCACGGGGGCGCCGCUGGGGCCGCGCUGCUCCAAGAGUUGCUGAGCAGCCGAAGAGGCCCUCACUUCCGCGUCGGUCCCCGCGGCGUCCGGCGGCCGCGCCGAGGGCCGGGCUGGCCGCAGAGGUGGACCAGGACCACCAUUAUUUUGCAGUUUCUGAAAGCGUUUCAAAGCAAAAAUUUAGGUGUUGAUGGGAGCAAUGGAAGGUCACAAGGCAGAAGAAAAGGUGGUAGAUAUUCUUCGACUGAAUGUGGGUGGCUGUAUUUACACAGCCAGACGUGAGUCCUUGUGCCGCUUUAAAGACUCGAUGCUGGCAUCCAUGUUCAGUGGUCGUUUUCCUCUAAAAACAGACGAAUCAGGGGCUUGUGUUAUUGACCGUGAUGGACAUCUAUUUAAAUACCUCUUGGAUUAUCUUCAUGGAGAAGUUCACAUUCCCACAGAUGAGCAAACCCGUGUUGCUCUGCAGGAAGAGGCUGAUUAUUUUGGCAUCCCGUAUCCAUACAGCCUGUCUGACCACUUGGCCAAUGAAAUGGAGACAUAUUCUUUAAGGUCAAAUAUAGAACUUAAAAAGGCUUUAACAGACUUCUGUGAUUCAUAUGGUUUAGUUUGCAAUAAGCCAACAGUUUGGGUUCUCCACUAUCUUAACACAUCUGGUGCAAGCUGUGAGAGUAGAAUUAUUGGUGUAUAUUCCACAAAAACUGAUGGAACAGAUGCUAUUGAUAAGCAGCUGGGAGGAAGAAUUCACAGUAAAAGCAUUUUUAAAAGAGAGGCGGGGAAUAAUGUUCAGUACAUUUGGAGCUAUUAUUCAGUAGCUGAAUUGAAGAAAAUGAUGGAUGCCUUUGAUGCCUGGGAAGGAAAAGGUGUUAGCUACUGGCGGGUACCUCAUGAGCUGAUAGAAUGUUGGACUCUGGAAGAGCGGCCUUUACUUGGAAGCCUGCGUCACAUGGCCCCAAUUCGAAAGAGGCGACUGAUAGCUUUCAAUGAAGAAGAAGAAGAAGUGAACUGUAAGACUGGUCCUAAACCAGUCCGAUUUCUGGGCCCUUCCACCAGCACCCAAAUUAAAGUCAAGAACUCGGCGUCGGUCCGAGUGUCUCCGGCCAGCGCCCUCCACUCUUCAGGCGGAAAGGCAGCGCAGCGUUCUGCGUCGCCAAAGGCCCCGUCGUCGGUGGGCACCGUGCUGCCAGGCCAGCCCCAGGCUUCCCGCGGGGCCAGGAGCGCUGCUGAAAACGGAGCCGCACACCCACCCCCAGCCAAGGUCCUGCUCUCAGACAAGAAAGCCACCCCGCCGCGAGUGAUAAAACUGAAGCGAACUCCACUGUGCGCCGCCGGGCCUUCCCCGCCAGCCGGGGCAGCACCGCGACCCGCGGAACCCCUAGUGCCGCCCCCGGAAGUCCCUGACGCGCAAGCGCAGACUGAAAACGGGCGGGGCCAGGCUGAUUGACAGAAAAGUGGGUUCCUGACCUCCAGCUCGCCUCUCGGAGCGCCCGACCCGUGUGGUGCAAAUAAGUGGCGCUGUUCUUGGUGCAGUAGAGGUGAAAGCUUAUGCUGGUCUUUAGGAUCGUUAUGGGAAAAAUGAAGUGAGUCAAGUAGGAAUGGAGGAAGGAAGCUUUAAGUGGUUGAGCCUAUCUUUACUUUUCAUUUUCCUUACUUUGACAUGGUUUGUCUACUGAUAGUUUGAAUUUCAGGGUGGUUUUGUUGGGUUUUUUGGUUUUUUUUUUUUUUUUUUUUGAUGGUUAAUCCGUAUUAAGGCAACAAAACAGCACAGUACAAUAAAACAGUACAGCAGAACCAUCACUAGAGAAGUCUACUUUGUUGCUGAGUAAUUAUAGACUUUAGGCUCUUUUGUAAUGUUACUCAUUGCUGCCCAGGGCCAAGAGUGGGAUUAGUAUUCCCGUCUGCUGAAACAGAAUAAGAGAGGGUGGCGUUAAUGCUUCCCUGCGCUGUGUCCCAGCCACGAGAGAUUUGAGAGAAAAUGUGCACCAAGGUGAACCCCCCCACAGGUUACUUUCAGUCUCAAAAGCCGUCAUGAAAAGAUUUGAGGAGGAAAAAAAGAGUAAUUGAAGAUCACACUUUGACUCAAAGUAUUUUCUUUCCUAGAUUGUUUUUUUUUUUGUCUUUUCUGGUAGCAGAUUUAUUUAUACAUCACAAGAUAUCUUGGAAUGAGAACCAUAUAACAUGUCUUCAGAAUGAAUUGUUAAAAUGUUUUAAUUUGAAUAAGUGAAGUUUUGAAAGUACUUUGAAAAAGAAGUUAAACAUUAACUUUUAACUAAAGUUACUAUUUGUUUCUCAGGAAUGACCACUGAAGAGUCAUUCUGACCAUGUAAUAUGAUUUUUAUGCAUAAAAUUCCCAUUUAACUUGAACUUAAUAUUUUUAAACAAUCUUUUAAUUAAUCCUCUAUUUUUUCACAACUAUUCAGUUGUAUGUGUUUACUCUUACAUGUUAAGUUUUAUAAUUGGAUCCCAUAUUUCUGCCUUCAGUAAGCAGUAUGCCUACAGUGUAUUAAAAAUAAGUCCAUAAAGCAGGGUACUUUUUACUCAAUGCUUAUCAUUGUACUUGCAUUACUUUGAAAGAGUGAAUAUACUCAAAACAUUACUUUUUACAAAAUAAAGUAAAACUUUUCCAUAAAAAGUAACAUUUUCUGUGACUAUACUUUUUUUUAAGUCCUAGAGCCCAUUGGUAGCAUGAGAGCUUGUUUGUUUAUGUAGGUUAUCUAUUUCUGGUUUCCAAAUUUCUUUAUUCCCUAGAUAAUGUAUGAAAUAAUUAAACAAAUUUUGUAUAUCUAUUCAAAUACCAGCAGCCUUUUAAAAUAGGUGUUUUAUCUGGCUAGAAAAAAAAUGAAUAUAUAACUGAUGGUUCAUGAACUACAUUUCCCUGUAGAAUAUAAAAAAUACUUAGUCACCUUGAAAAAUACUAUUAUAAAGACUCUAAGCAUUCUGAAAAUCAAAGAUCAUAGUGAAUUUUGAGAACUUCCAUUUAGGACAUUACUAGUAUUGCUUGAUCUCGGAUAUCUUGAAUUUCUGAUUCAUAUAAGAAUAUUUUAUACCAAGGUACCAAUAGAUUUGCUUGAUGGAGGGUUGCCACAAACCUUCAAUCUGUAAAAAAAAAAAAAAAAAAAAAAUGCAGUAUCUAGGAAGCACAAUAAAGCAAAGUGCAAUUAAAAGAGGUUUACCUGUACUCAUGGGUGUUUCUGCGAAUAGCCUUCUUUUCUUUGCCUCUAACAGUUUAAAGGAAGUCUAUUUAGCACAUCUAGUCUUUGUAAGAAGGUAGUUUUUGGAACAGCUACUAGGCCAUGGUGUAGCCAAGGUGGAAAGAGACAAGUGGUCCCUGAUGGACCAUGGGUAGCAAGAGUCAAAGUCAAAUUCAGAAUGCUGAAGUAAUUUGAAAAUUACUUUAGUUGGGGUGGUUCCCUGGGGACUAGGUACUUUUGCAUGAAAUCACAUUUCUCCAGAUUCUGUAGACACAAAGGAGUAACUUAUCAUAACCCUCUGGUCUUCCAGGAAAAUAAAAAAUAAGAAAAGAGAAAGUAUGCUUUAUAAAUAAUAGUUCAGUGUCAUUACUUUGGAAAUGUAGGUUUGUGCAGUUGUUGGGUCAGAGGAGACAAGAAAUUCUUAUGAUGAGUAGGACCUUUAGUACUACUCGUAUCAAAAAGAUAUAUGAUUAUGCCCUUCUAGGCAAUCUGUGUUGAAAACUGGUUUGUCCUGAUUAAAACUGGUUAGUUAUAUCAUGGAAAGCCCUAAGUCUGGCAUUUUAUAUUUUAUAUUUUUAAAUAAUAAUUUUUUGCUUCAAUGUUGCCUUAUAAGGCAAUACAUUGUAAUAUUUUAUAAAGUAUUUUCAUAUACUUUGUUUUAUUGUGUUCAUUUUGCUUUUUAGUUUCAGCACAACAAUAUAAUGAAGGUAGUCUUUCCCAGUUCUUUAAAGAUCAAGAAAAUGAGGUUGAACAAAAUAAGAGCUGUACAAUAAUGACACCCCCCAUAACAUCCCCCCAUAUUGGCCCCUGAAUGACACAACAUCACUGAACAAAGGAAAAGCUAGAGGGAGGAAGUAGACUAAAAUUGUGAAUUUGUUUAAUAUUUAAAGUUGUUGAACAGUUAGGUAUUAAACUAUUGGAUAACAUAUCUUUCCUACUAGAGAGGGGACUCCAUUGCCUCUAUAUGUGUAAUGCCUGGUAUGU